UCAAAAUUCUCAUCCUCCCAAGUUCCACCACCACCCUUUCUACCUAAUUAUAUCUUCCAUCCUUCACAACAACACUCUUUGUUGUGUUGCUAAUUUCACUCUUUCUUUUUAUUUUGAUCCAUGGAAUUUGGCAAGCAAAGGGGGGGCAUGAAUAUGAUGAAGGACAAGGUGAAGAUGGAGGCUGCUGCUGAUGGGGAUGAUUUUGACAAAGAUGACAACAACGAUGAUUUUGUUAAUGCUUCCAAGGAUGAUAAGAAGAAGAGAGCUAGUGGAGGAGGAGGAGGAGGGAGCUCGAUGAGGAUUUGUCAAGCGGAGAAUUGCACGACUGAUCUGGCUGAUGCCAAGCAGUAUCAUAGGCGGCAUAAGGUCUGUGAGCACCAUGCCAAGGCCCAGGUUGUCAUGGUUGCCGGAAUUCGCCAGAGGUUUUGUCAACAAUGUAGUAGAUUCCAUGAGCUAUCAGAAUUUGAUGAAGCUAAAAGAAGCUGCCGCAGGCGACUGGCAGGACACAAUGAGCGUCGUAGGAAGAACACAUCCGAUUCUCAUGCAGAAGGCUCAAGCCACAAAGGGACCGGCACUGGCAUUGGCACUCAUCAGUUGAAUGAAACUGUUUCAGGGCAGGUUGAUGAGAGGGGAAGGAUUCAAAUAUCCAUGCAAGAAAAUGCCACUUACAAACAUUUCCACAUCAGAUAAGAUCAAAAAGAGUUUGCUCUGAAUCUGAAGCAAUGCAUGCUCUCUCUCUUCUGUCAUCCAAAUGCUUUUCUCUUAGUGUUUGGUGGAGGUAAUAUAUAUAUGGUUCUAUUACUAUAUCAUCAUAACAUCCACUCCAUUCCAUUCCAUUGUCUGAGGAUGCUAGUUGUGGCAAUAUGGCUUACAUAUAGAAUAAGAUCAUGAUUGAUAAAUAUAUAUGUAUUGUUUAUCAACACUUAUGGAGCUAGUAUGAUUUUGCAAUGUUAUAUGCAUACUCUUUACUACUUAUUAAGCAGUGCCAUCUCA